AUGAGCUCUUCCGUCAACCAAGCAUCCGAGGCUCUCAACAGCAAGCAGCAGAGACAGUAUCAGUGUCUCUGUAUUUUGCUUCAAGCUGUCAACGAGACUUGCAAACACAGGAGUGAUAUCAGAUACUCCUCUGGAAAGAGUCAAAGCGAUGCCCUCUUGACUGAUUACCAGAAGUUCAUUUGUAAAAUGGCCCAAAUCCUCGAUAAUGAGAAGGGUGGCGAUUCUGCCACAGCGCUUAUUGUUGCGAAAGGGCUGCGUGGGCCAGACUACGUUUUUGCCUCAAACUCGAGGAAAGCAUCUGAACUGGAAAGAGCCAAGUCGUUUCUCUCUGACCUCCUCGGAUACGUGGGAAGCAACCCUGAUGAAUUGACUCCCAAGGGAAUACAAAAGCAAGUCUUUGAUCGUAUUCUUGAGUUCAAUUUUCUCAGAUUUGAUGCAUACCUAAACGGACUGGGUACUGCUCUGCAGUUCUGCAUAGAUAACUGUGAGAGAUCACAGGAGCCUAGCAGGUUCAGCGAUAUGGCUCAGUUGCAAGCCAUCAAAGACAAGUCUCUGUUUCCUCGCGACAUGACUUCCUCUAUUGACUCCAAAAAGAAAUUUUUCCGUGACUGCGAAGAUCUUAUCAAAGCUAUACAUAACAGCCAAAAUACCGGAAUAAAUAAAGUCUUCGACAAGCACAUCGGCAUUACCGAGCCGGAAAUUUCAUAUCAAUGGUGUCAGCUGCGCCAUCAUCUUGGCCGUCUUCAUUCACUUCGCCAAGCUUCCGAGGCCAUAAUCGAUGCUUCCACAAAGUGGCCCUCGCUAUUCAAAGACUUCACGGUCAACUACAUUCCAUCAUCCCGUCUCCGAAGGUUCACUCGCCUCCACGGACUGCACGCUUCACAAAAGGACAUUAUUGAGGCUGCAUUUCCAGAUCAUGACCUAUCAUAUUACGAGGGUGACAUCGCGGAACUUCGCAGACACGGCCUGGAUGAACAAAUCCAGAAGCAGGAGCUCAAGUUUCCAUCAAAGACUCUGGUUCACUGCGAAGCGAAUUUGCACGGCCAUCUUGUCAAAGCUGGCAAAACUCGACCUUGUGACUUCUGGAAUGAUGUCAUGUUUAUCGCUACUAGCAAGCCUCCUUGCAGGCUUUGCUAUUACUAUUUUCAAGACGGCGACAACGACUUCCAAGUACAGUCGUCCCAUAUGAACCUUUACCCUCGAUGGAGACUCCCCGACGUUGUUGAUUCUAACGAUGAAGCAAGCAUUGAGCAUCGUGAGGAGCUGAUAGAGGAUAUAUUCGAGCACCUGCAGGACAGUAUACUGAAUGUUUUACAAGAAAAGUUCCCUCAGUGGAAACGAAAUGAUUCUCGUACAGACUCGCGAGGCUGUACGGAUGUUCGAGAGGGUGCUGAUAGUAGAACUCCAACUGGCGGACACUAUAUGCCACCCUCGGUCGUGGAUGAGGAAGGUUUCCGCGAAGGUCUUUUCUAUUACGUCGCGAAGUUUCUGAAGGAAAACCCUACAGCUACCAGCAAGUUCAAGAAAAGCACCAUGGCUCGUAUCGCCAAGAGUUGGAAGCCUGAAGAGGCUCUGGCCAUGGAUCACCUCAAUCUCAAGCUUCCGGCGAUUGAGGAUGGCGUUGUCUUGUACAACUAUGUAAAGGACGGAUACAAGCAACAGUUGUGAGUUCCUUAUGAAGGGCUGAAGGGUGGAAUGUAACCAGGUCGUAGCGUAGGCAUGGGAAGUCGCGAUACUUUGCAGUGAACCGGGGAGGGAUGGCCAGUGGAAAGAAUAUGAGCUGAUGUGGUUGACAACCAUCCUCUCUCCCGACUUGGUGCGUGACUUGUCUGAUCCUGUGAGAUAAUGCACCUGCAAAUGAGACAGUAAACACCCACUAGUCUUGACCAUUCCACUCCCUCUUCAAAGUUCCAAUGAGUGCCUUUGUC